ACUGGUAUAGUCCGAAAGAGUACUCGUAUUAUACUCUAGGGUAGGAGCCAUAAGUGGAUCGUCCGUGCUAAAAGAAUAGAAUAUCCGAACGAAACCCACCAAGAACCUGAAUCGAGGCGAAUAGCGAAGACCGAGCAUCCAGGUGUCGAAGUCGUCAUACUCCGAAGAAUGAUGCACAUACCAUUCAGCAACUCUAUUCUUGACUACUUGGUACAGAAGACAUAUGACGCAAUGCCCCAGAACGCUCGGCUAAAUACAUCAGUCCAACCAGUAGGCUCAGCCACGCCUUCACCGCUACGCAGCUUUAUUGCUCACCUAUCCCGGAGAGUAAAUAUCCCCAUUCUCACGUGGAUGUCGGCGACGGUAUAUGUAGAUCGUCUAAAGCCCAAGCUCGGCUCUAUCAGAAAAUUGCUACGAUGUACCGCACACCGGGUGUUUCUCUCAAUUCUGAUCAUUACUGCAAAAUACCUAGAUGACAGCUAUCCAAUAAAUGAUGACUGGGAGAAGCACAGCUAUAUGAAGUUCAAUCACCGUCACUUUUGGCUAGCAUUGAAGGACAUUAACUUGAUAGAAUUGGAGAUGUUGUCAUUGUUGGACUGGAAUCUUGCUAUUUCUGAACUUGAUGUCUACCAAAGAUCGGAGCCAUUUUUUUCAUCAGUCGUCACAACUUCGAGAGCGAAAACCUCUUAGAGGUUGUGAGGGAAGUCAGGGAGACAAGCUAUUGCUGCGACGGUGGUGACAGUAAUGCCGAGUGUC